AUGAGGCUCUUCACUUUCUUUGCGUUCCUCGCCGUUCUGGCAACGGUGGUCCUGGCAUGGGACAAGGAAGACCAUGAGAUCUUCGACAUUGUCAGCGACCUUGAGCAAGCAGAGGGCAAGGGGACGACCUUCUACUCAUGGCUGGGUGUCCCCUCGACGGCUACUACGCCCGAGAUCGCCAAGGCGUAUCGCAAGCUCAGCAUGAAGCUCCACCCUGACAAGAACCCUGGUGUUAAGGGUGCGCAGGAGCGCUUUGCGCGGCUAGGUGUUAUUUCCACGAUCCUUCGCAACCCUGAGAGCCGUAAACGCUAUGACUUCUUCUACAAGAAUGGUGUGCCGAAGUGGAGGGGGACCGGAUACUACUACUCGCGCUAUCGACCUGGCUUGAAGACCGUCCUCACGUUCCUCAUUAUCCUGUCCUCGGCCAUUCAAUAUUUGGUGCAGCAUAUGACCUACAAGAGCGACCUUGCGCGCGUCCAACGUUUCAUGAGAGACGCGCGAGCGGCUGCUUGGGGUCCUUCCCUGAAGCCGAUCAAGGGAACGCGAAAGGUUCGCGUGCCAAUGGGCGGACGCGUUAUCACGGACGAAGGCUUCGCGGUCAACCGCAACAUCGACAUGGUCGUGGAUGAGGAGAACGUUUACAUUGUGCGUCCUUCACUUACGAACGGAUGA